UCCUAGCCCAUCCCAAAAUUAAUUCCACAGCUCAUCCCAACUGACUUAUAACUUACCUGCGCUCCAAUUGGCCGAACGCGAAGAAGAACAGAAGAAAGAAAAUCGAAGAACCAAGAGCUUGGCAGCUUGCGACGACCUGCGCUCCAACCUGUGAGCUGCGACCCUCCGCCGUCCACGCCGCACGUCCAGGCGACCAGGCCGCUGCGUCUUCGGCCGUUCCGACUCCAGCGUCCUUCCUCUCGCGGCUCUUCCUCCAGCUCUGGCGCAGAUCUGCCCCUGUUCAGUGCAGCAGCUUUCCGCACAUUUGUUGAACAAUCACUAUGGCUAGUGACCAGAGAUCUGAAGGCCCAAGCACGGGUUCUGGUGCAUAUUCUGAAUCGACUGUGAAUAUCAAUAUCAAAACCUUAGAUUCCCAGAAUCAUUCCUUUGAAGUGGACACUAAUAUGCAAGUUUCUGACUUAAAGGAAAAAGUAGCAUCUCGAACUGGUGUCCCUGUUACCCAACAACGUCUUAUUUACAGAGGGAAAGCUCUGAUGGAUGAUCACCUUCUUUCAGAAUAUAAUAUGGAGAAUGGGGACACAUUGCACUUAGUAAGAAGGCAACCUUCUCAAUCACAAUUUACACCUACUGCAAGCAAUGCAGAAGCUACUCCAGGGCAAGAGCCUACCACCGGUGCACCUCGCAGUCGUAUUGGACACAUUUCACAUAGUGUAGUGCUUGGCACCUUUAAUGUUGGUGACCAAGGGGAAGGCUUUGUUCCAGAUCUAAAUCGGGUUAUCGGGGAAGCUCUAAGCUCUAUUCGACUUGGAAGCCAGACUGGUGGCCACCAUCCUGGCAUGCAGGCCAGUGCUCCCAUUGCUGCCUCACAAGGAAAUGAAGCACAAGGUUUACCAAGGAAUUAUAGCUCUCAGAAUCAGCCGCCUGUACAAGCGUUUCCUACCCAACCUCUAUCUGAAGGGAUUCAAAUCCCUCUUGGAGCUGCAGUAGCAGUUCCAUCACUGAAUAUGCCCAUUCCAGACUCUUUGCACACGCUGACAGAGUUUAUGAACCGCAUGGAGUCUGUUCUAUCCCAUUAUGCAAGUCAGCCAAACCAGUCAACUACCGAAUCUUCUAGUGUGGCAUUGCCUACAAACUCUCAUGGUCAGUCAACUCCAGAGACACUGAGCAUUGUUCUGCGGCAUACAGAACAUUUAGUUGGAAGACAUGUUACAUCUGCACUAUCUCACAUUGCAGGGCGUUUGGAGCAAGCGGGGAAUUCAACUGAUCUUACAAUAAGAGGACAGUUACAGACAGAAUCGGUUCAGUUAGGACUUGCAAUGCAGCACUUGGGUGCUCAGUUCUUAGAGCUUGGAAGGACAAUGUUGACAUUGCGUAUGGGACAGUCUCCUGCUGAAUCUUCAGUCAAUGCUGGUCCUUCUGUUUAUAUUUCUCCAUCAGGGCCAAACCCAAUUAUGGUUCAGCCUUUUCCUCUUCAGACCUACUCUCUGUUUGGUGGCCCGGCAUCUGGACAAUCUAAUCCUACAGGAGGCUUCAUUCCUUUUGGAGUUGGCAGUGCAGCAAGGAAUGUUAAUAUACACAUACAUACAGUUGGUUCUAGACCAACCAAUGGAGGUGGUGCUGAAGGUGACCUAGCCAGUGGGACCAGUAGUGGUGAUUCUACGGCUCCACCAACAAGGAGUUCUUCUACUGGAGCAUUUGUUUCACCAAGACCUAGUGUGUCUUUUUCUGGCGCUUCACAACAUGGUCCACUUGAGAGCACAACUCUUCCGGAGCAAACUACUAGUUCUAGUGUGAAAGCUGAAACUAGGGAGGUUGGUGAAAGUCAGGGAGAAUGUCAUCAAGUGUCAGAAGAACCGAAUGUAAGUUCAGCAGAAGGUUCUCAGGGAGGGCAUCAUCUCCCUUGUGCUUCAUCUGCCGCUCCUAUUGGUCUAGGUAUAGGGAAUUUGCAGCCUAAGAGGCGAACUAGGCAACCAAUAUCACAGUCAAGAAGCGAUGAGAGUGCAGCUUCUCCAUUCAGUCAGGGCGAAAAAUCCAUAAGAGAUGGGCAACAGAUUCUGCAAUCCCUUGCAUCACUCCCUUCAGGUCAAACUUCUCAUCCAGCUAGCAGUGUUAUAGGAAGUCCCAGUUUUGGUGAGAAUUACCAACCUGAUAUUUCAAAUGUGAUGUCACAAGUUCUUCAAAGCCCAGCUUUAAAUGGUUUGUUGGGCGGGAUCUCUCAACAAACCGGUCUCGGAUCUCCCGAUGCCUUCAGGAAUAUGAUGCAGCAACUUACACAAAGCCCUGGAAUGAUGAAUACCGUCAACCAGAUUGCUCAGCAGAUUGAUACUCAGGAUCUUGGAAGCAUGUUUUCUGGUUUAGGUGUGGGCCCUGGCAGCGGUGGUAGUGAAGUCAAUCUGUCUAAUAUGUUUCAACAAAUGAUGCCACUUGUUUCUCAAGCACUUGGUGGUAUUUCUACUACAUCUGCAGCUCAGCAAGCUUCUAGAACAGAAACUAGACAGGGUGACAUUCGUUUGACUAGGGAAGGGAUGACACCAACCAAUCAAAGUUUUCAGACGGGAGUCCAAAACAUGGUUCGAAGAAUCGAACAUCGUAGUCCUCCUGAAGAUAUAUUCCGCUCCAUAGUUGAAAACGCUGUCCAGGUUCAUUACAACAGAAGCAGCAAUGAAAGCGAGAAUCUCGUGAAUGCCUUGUGCAGUACGGAAGGCCUUACAAACGAGUUUAUGGAGGUUCUUCAAAGGGACGUCUCUCGACGUCUUAGGGAUGAAGUGAAGCCCCCCAGGAAGCCAUAGUUGUUGGGCUAAUAUGAUGGUGGUAGUGGUGUUGUUCCAUGUUUUUGCGAAUUCCAAAAAUGUUCCCACUCUGUGCUCAUCUUUCUUAUGAUUUGAAUUUCUCGUGCUUCGAAUUCAAAGCAGGACUUACAUUUGGCAGUUGCAUGUCUAUCAUUUACCACAUAUUCAAGAUUUUUGUGUCUUUUGUUGGCUUGGUUAAAUGCAAUGUUCUAAAAGGCGUUAGGGGCUAGUUGUAUUGUGACUAGGCGCCUAACCCGCUUAAGCAGGCUUAG